AUGUCCUCAAAGUUAUUCUCCCGAUCGAAUUUCCCCGCAAGAGGGUCACGGUCGUUUUAUGAACAGUUACGUUCUGGAGAUGAUGACGAGUACGAUCCCGGCAUCGAUGAAGAGAACCUUGGCCAUCGAUUCGAUGACGAUUUUCAUCCCGAAGGACUCGAUAUUGGCGAUAGCCGUAUGACAAUAGAAAGCGCAGCUCUGGACCCAAAGGGCAAAGCAAGGGCUAAGACACUAAGGAAGCAGGCGCAAAGUUCCGGCGGACCGUCGCCGCGAUGGCACCAGCAGGACGACGACGGUGACAACGAGGUGCCUGCAUCGUUGCUCAUGGAGCCAAAUGAAGCAGUAAACUUGCCCCCAAUGUCGCCCAGACGAGCAGCCCCAUCCAACGAUCAUCAAAGUCCAGAAGUUGCAGGCCCAUCAUCAGCACGGGCAAGGGCCCAGUGGGAAGCAGCCACAGCUCAGCAACAACUUCAUCAAGAAAAUAGUUAUGGAGUGCCCGUUGGACCACAGCCUAUUCCCGUAGCUAGGGGCUCAAUAGCGAGUAACCCGAGGGAGAAAGCACUCUGGCGAUGGGUUAACACCUCAAAUCUAGACAGCUUUAUGCGGGAUGUUUACGACUAUUAUGAAGGUGGGGGACUGUGGUGCAUUCUGUGUGCUAACGCUCUCUGGCUCUUGGAGACACUUUUCGUCGCGGUGUUGCUAACCUUCCUAUGUCAAUGCAUUGACUAUUCAAAGAUUCCACACAGCAAGUCCUUACAUGAGGUUGUAGUCCCCCAAUGCACACGCAAAAUGUCCGGUCUCUGGAACCUGGCGAUUUGGCUUUACACCUUCUUCUUCAUCUGGAAGUGUGUACAAUACUUUGUGGAGAUUCGCCGCCUCCUCUACAUCAGGGACUUCUACAUUUACUUGCUGGAUAUCCCAGAACAAGACAUGCAAACUGUUUCGUGGCAGGAUAUUGUGGCUCGUAUUAUGGCCCUGCGUGAACAGAACCCGAAGACUGCAACAAACAUCACACCGAAACUGAGACAGUUCAUUGGCAGCCAGUCGAAAGAACGGCUUGAUGCACACGAUAUUGCUAAUCGACUCAUGCGUAAAGAGAAUUACCUCAUUGCGAUGAUCAACAAGGACGUCCUGAACUUGUCUUUGCCAGUUCCGUUUCUUCGCGGCCGCCAGCUAUUUUCAAAGACAAUGGAAUGGUAUCUUCAUUACUGCAUCCUUGAUAUGGCCUUUAACGAGUUGGGCCAAGUUCAGCAGGACUUUUUGCGCCCAGAUCGCAGACGCCUCUUGAGCCAGAAACUGAAGCAGCGGUUGAUGUUCGCAGGGUUCCUCAACCUUAUUUUUGCGCCUGUUGAGUACACAAAGGAUCCCAAGCAAGCUGCAGCGCGCAAGUACACUUCUCUCGCAGAAUGGAAAUUCCGCGAGUUCAACGAACUGCCACAUAUAUUCUACGAAAGGCUGCACAUGUCUUAUCCAUUCGCCACUCGGUAUAUCGAUCAGUUCCCGAAGAGGAUGACUGAAGACAUUGCGCGAACCAUCGCCUUCAUGACAGGCGCAAUUACGGCCAUCCUCGCCGUGGGCUCUAUUCUUGACUCGGAGCUUUUUAUUAACUUCGAGAUCACGAAAGACAGACCAGUCCUAUUCUAUCUCGGAAUUUUUGGUGCCAUUUGGGCUAUCACCCGAGGAAUGGUGUCUGAAGAGACAUUGGUGUUCAAUCCCGAAUAUGCCUUGAUGAAUGUCAUUGAGUACACACACUACAUGCCCGAUCACUGGAAAAACAAGCUUCACAGCUUCGAGGUUAAACAAGAGUUUGCAGAGCUUUACAAGAUGAAAGUGGUCAUCUUUCUCGAGGAGGUGAUGGGCAUAGUCACGACACCUAUGUUGCUUUUGUUUUCACUGCCUAAAUGCAGUGACCAGAUCGUUGAUUUCUUCCGCGAAUUCACAAUCCACGUUGACGGACUCGGCUAUGUCUGCUCCUUUGCGGUAUUCGACUUUCAGAAAGGACCAGGGAAUACAGGCCAUCAGGGGCAACGACCGGAUGUUCGUGAGGACUACUACUCAACGAAGCACAACAAGAUGGCCGCAUCUUACUUUGGGUUCCUUGAUAACUACGUUACAAACCCCAAGACUGGCAUCCCUGGCCAUACACCGUUUGGAGGAAAACCAGCCUUUCACCCACCUCCAGCUUUCCCAGGACUUGCUUCUCCAUCAUUAGGAGCAGACAUGCAGGGUUCUCAUAUUGGUCGGGCGGAAACGGGACGUGCCAGAAGUAGAGCCCCCGGUGGACGAGGUCCACGUACGGUACCAAUACCACAGCCUUCUCCGAUGGCUUCUAUCCUGCUAGAUCAGCACCAUCAACCAGCUGGGGUGAACAUGGGUGCACGUAGUCUUCAUUGGUCAAGGUAUCCGCGAGGAUUCCGCGGGGAAAGCCAGAUAACUGAAGAAGCUGAAGAUAGCGCGAUGAGACGAGCUGGGGAAGAUGACGAACCGUACGAGCCAGGGGGGGGACUAGGUGAAUCGACCUGGGAAACGUCUCCAGCGAAAGGGGUGACCCGGGAGAACAGUGCAGCCAAUACAGAGGAUCCCGGUGAAGGCGUAUUGGGUAUGAUAUACCAGCUUCAGCAAACGCAGCGAUCCCGGCGCGGUGGGGGCAUGGUCUGA